AACAAAAUACCCUCAUUACAGGAGCAAUGGAAUUGUGCCAGAUUCGUGCUUCUUAGCCACUUCACUGUUGAAUUGCCUCAGAUUUGGCUAUUCCACCCAAUGGCUCAAUUUUUUGGACUUUCGACUUCAGUUCCUUUCCCUUCUGUGUGGACUAUGGCCUAUCAGAUCGCGAUAUUCUUCAUCUUGGAGGACACGUGGCACUAUUUCUCUCAUCGCGCUCUUCACUGGGGCCCGUUAUACAAGGCCAUCCAUAAGAUUCACCAUCAGUAUUCUGCGCCUUUCGGUAUGGCGGCCGAAUAUGCAUCUCCGAUUGAAGUCAUGAUUCUUGGGUUCGGCACCGUCGGCUGUCCAAUUCUCUGGUGUGCGGUAACUGGGGACUUGCACAUCUUCACCAUGUACGUUUGGAUUGUGUUGCGCCUGUUUCAGGCCAUUGAUGCACACAGCGGUUACGAGUUUCCUUGGAGUCUUCACCAUUUUCUCCCAUUCUGGGCUGGUGCUGACCAUCACGACCUUCACCACGAGAAAUUCAUUGGCAAUUAUUCAAGCAGCUUCCGGUGGUGGGACUACCUACUCGACACUGAAUAUUCCCCUGAUGCUCUCAAGCGGCGAAGGGAAAACAAGGCUGGGGUAACGAAAAAAGCGGAAUAAUUCAUGGUUAAGUCAUUGGUGGCUUAGCAGGGGGUAAAGGUGCUGUCGCUAUUGAGGUUUUUUGCAUGAUUUUGUCAUUUACAGAUUAUAUGGAAGCAUUAUAAUAAUAAUACAUUAAUACCGGAAAGCUUGCCUUCGUUGGUUUAUACAGAUGUAUACAAAUAAUAAGGAUUUUGAGAGGAAAAACGAAACGUUGAAAGUGACGCAUGCCUCUACAAUAUAUUGUGGUCAUGUCUAUUGAAAUGGAAUCAACAUUAUCUCUGCUCAGAACAGCCAUUAACUGCCAUCCUGGGCAGGCCAAUAGCUAUACAAAUUAUCCCAGAUUCCCAUGAAAAAAUAAUAUGAAAUCAAAUUUUCGCUCGUUAAUAAUCCAUUGAAAAUAUUCUUCGGCUG